AUGUCUUCAUCUGAGAACAGCUCUCGUCAAUUGAAUAAUGUCCAGAUUUCAGCAGAGAUAACUCUGAAUGGAACGCUCGUUGUGAACGCGCAGCUUACUUCUAUUGACUACAUUACCGUUACUGUUGAAAACUACACCAAUCUCAUUCAAGAGUUCCGUAUCGAUUUCAAAAAUGCGGUUGUAGACUUGGAAAUGGGUGAGAGUGGUGGAUAUGAACGUGGAAAUGCGAUUUAUGCAACAAAGGGUAAAAAAUUCAACAUUUGUCAUCCAUUAAUCGCCUAA